ACUUGUGUGUUGGCUUGAUAAUUAUCAAAAUAGCCCUAACGCUUUGGUCAGUUGUUCGUUCGGUGAACACCAUGAUGCCAAGCAACCCGCGGAAAGCUCAUGGCGUAAGAGAAGGUAUGAAUGCUUUUGUAGUUUGAAACGAUAUACCUUCACUUCUGUUUCAUAUGAAUAUCUCCUUCGUCGAAAAUGUAGCUACUUUUUGGGUGUCUUGAACGCAGAUAUGUCGAGGAAAACAACUAAAAGAAGCGACAGCGAUGGCGAUGAUAGCGAUGGUUUACCUCCAUUGCUCCCAUGCACGUCCGACGAAGAGGUAGAGAAAAGUUAACACUUUUAUAUCGCGUUUCUCUUGGUUUACUGGCCAUAGAGGUCAAUUUUGCAGUUUUCCUAAGUACAUUUCUAUCUAAUCUUUUAACCAAAGGAGGAUGAUGUGGAAGAAUAUUCUAAAAAACCGGCAAAUAAAGCAAAAGUGAAAGGAAAGGAGGCAUCCAAUAAGUCAAAGAGUGACGGUUAGUAGUUGUUACAUCUCAGGGCUGUAACUGUAACUCACAAAAUAAAUGAAGUGCAGUUGAAAAUUGUCUUUUUGGUCAGAAGCUUACAUUGAUUAACCUUUAUAAUGAACUUUAUAAACCACAUAUAAUAUUGAGGUUGAAUAGGGUGUUGGCCAGCAGGGGGUUAAGGUGGGUAACACGACGUUUUGCCCCCAUUUGAGUUCAUCCCAUUGGACUUGACACACAUUUCAAGUUCUCCUUGUAGGAAUCAAAAUAAUGGCCAGUCAAUGGACAAUGUCCACUCACUGGUCAUGUUGACUGGUCUCACAGACUCUUAUUCUUGAACAAAUGGCCAAAUCCUCACCUGUAAAUCUUAGUUUUUGUUUCUUUGUAAAAAUGCAAUCAUGUUCACUGAUAUAAAAUUACACAAGGAUUAGUUCACUUUUUUCCAAUUUUUUUGACUGGUCAGAAAACAAGACUUGACUGAGAAAAAAUUCAUUUUCUUUUGAGCCCUGUCCUUGCAACCUCUUUUCAAGACUUAACGUCUGGUUUAAGCACCAAAUUUCACAUGGGCCAAAUGUAAUUCAGGAAUAUUAUUUAAAUGCAUGGGGAUUUUCCUUGGCUAAUGUUGGCACUACCCACAGCUACUGUCGUAGGGAAUACAAUGACAUUUAAACCUGGAAUAGCUUCCGAGCUGUUCAGGUAUCCAUAUAUCACACAUCAUUAUAAUAAAGCUGAAUUAUAAGGAGAGUUAAAGGAAGCAGAUGGCGAGGAAACCUGCAGGAAACCACGAGGCUUAUAAAAAAUCAGGUUUCCUCAGAACAACAAAAAAAAGCCAGAGUUUUAUGACAAUAUGGAACAGCAAAAGUAGUAUAAGCUUUUACACAAAAAUAUAAGUAACCAAAGCUGAAAGCAAUAUUAAGUUAUUUCCUAUUGAGAAGAAAUUCUUUAAGCUUUUUUUUAAAAGAUGCAUUGGAGGUAAUAUAUCAAGCAUGAGAUGCAGUUUUUCAUCACCAGAUGAAACACUGAGAAGAGAGUUGAAAAUAAGAUGGGAUUUUAGAAGAUUUUAGAAGGAGAAAUUUAGGAUGCAAAAAUGAGCUGUUUUUCACCUGAUUUCCAAACACUCAUUUAACUUUUUAAAAUUUCCUUUGUAUUUUCUUUAUGAAUUAUUAAUGAGUUUGAGAAGUACAGUUCAUAGAUGAUGACAAAAUGUAGUAAGAACAAAACUGGGACACAUGACUUGAGUCACUGGCAUGUUUGUCCUCAAUAAUUCUUACUUCAUUUUAAGACGGAAUCCAUCAGGAAAUAGAAUAAUUUUAAUUUUCAGUGGACAAAAAGCUUGUACCAGAAUAAUUUAGACAAAAUCACAUUCUUUUUUUACAUUUUUCAUGGGCUAUAGAUACAAUUAGUUAUCUGCAAUAACACCAAAGACUAUUUCUCAUGGGAGCCUCAGAAAAUAAAUGUCAAAUUUUCAUAAGAAUUGUGAAAAAAACAGGUAAAAUACAGAAAUUUUCAUGUGUAAGGUGUCAUUUUGUGAAAUUUGACAUUUAUUUUCACGGGCCCUCAUAAGAAACUUGCUUUGGUGUUAUUACAGAUAACUAAUAACAUCUAUAGCCCUUGAAAAAUGUAAAAAAAAGAAUGCGAUAUUGUUUGAAUAAUUAUUCUGGUACAAGGUUUUUCUCCACCGAAAAUUAAUAUUACUCAAUUUGCUAAUGGAUUCCGUCUUAAGUCUUUGUGACUUAUAAUAGUAUUUGUUGUCACUUGCGAUUCAAUAUUUUUUCCAGGUUUAAAUUUUAUUUUCCUGUUUUUCAAAUGUUCCCAAGAACAGAAGGAAAAAAUGGAGCCAAUGAUAAAACUGAACCACAGUGUGUCCAGAAAAAUGGAAUCUGCUCACUAUCUACAAGAUACUAAAUUAAAAAUAGCCAUUGAUGCUAACCAGAAAUGUUUGGGAAAAUUUCAUCUGUGUAGAAAAACAAAACAAUUGCAAUGAUUUCAUUUUCUAGAAUAAUGUGCCAAUUUUACUAUCAUUAUUAGAAUAAUUUUACUAUUAUUAUUAGAAUAAUGUGCCAAUUUUUCCUGCUGCUGAAUAGUGCUGGACUAUUAAUAGUUUAUUUUAACCCAAAAGUGAAAGACAGAAGAGAGGAAACUUCAGCCAAAGAUGUUAACAGUAAGGUUGAUUCUCCAGUCAAAGAACCUGAGCCUUGUAUGACAGAUGAUUCUAGUAGCCCUGUCAUUUCGUGUAGUUCUUUGAUCACAUUCUGUGCUAAUGUUCUUUGUUGAAAUUGUUUCUUCAGCUGAGUGUGCGGACAUAUGGUAUAAAUUGAAGAAGGAAGACAAAGAAAAGCACAUCCAUGUUAUGAAAGUUUACUUACUGUCACCUUUCUUGUUUGGAAUUGUUCAUCAAGACGAUAAGGUAAACAAGUUUGUUCCAAUGAAAAUUCAUUGCAAAAUAUGAUUUAUCUCUAUACAUUUCCGUGAAGAAUAAGUGGAGAGAAUUUGGUCGAAGAUCAAAGCAUUUUCUCUUAGGUGAUUACGGUUGACUCCCGAUAACUCGAACCCUCACUAACUCGAACCUCACUCUAACUCAAACCGAAAUCGAUUUUUCUUGGAUUUCGGUCAUACAUUUACCGUAAUUUUACCCUCUGUAACUCGAACCCUCAAUAACUCGAACCUCCCUCUAACGUGAAGUUUUUUGUUUCCCCUCAGAUCAUUUGUAUAUAAUUUUACCCUCAAUAACUUGAACCAUGUUUUGAGCCCUUAAAAAGUUGUGAAAAACACUCUACUGGCAUCCGAAACAUUGUAUUUUGAAUUGAUGUUGUUUGUCACAAAUCUAACCUGAAAAAGCAUUACUUCUCAAAACAGUAAAACGCCCGCUUUAUUUCAGGUAAUUUUUAUUUUUCUUUUUUUUCAGUUUCAUUAGCAUACAUUACAUGACCAUACCCAAAAACAAAAACAAAAAAAACAAAAAUUACCUGAGACAAAAAAUUAACUACAACAUGUACUUGUAUCAAAGACAAUCAUUUUGUAACUGAGGGUUUCCAUACACUACAGUAAAUUUUGAAAUAAUAAUUACUUCCUACAUCUUUUCAGCUUUGUCUGACAGAUAGGGAGACCUGGUCAGAAAUCUGUCCUUUCUAAAAGUAAAAGUUGGGUUAUGUUCACAUUAUACUGCACAGCUUUUUGUGCUGACAGAAUAGGCUGUCCAUUAUAGUUUGAACAGUUGUGGUUACACACUUCAAACAGCAUUGUGGUGGAGCAGUUGCCAAGAGGGUUUGGUGCACCAAAUUUCAAUCCUUACUCCUGAAUACGGUGGAACCCUGUUAAUAUGGUCACCAAUGGGAGAAAAAAAUAUGGCCGUAUUAACGAGGGUUGUUGACAGGAAAAGUAUGGCCAUUUUGCCUGGCGGCCAAAAAAGGUGGCAAUAAUAACCAGGUGAUUGUAUUACCGAGGUGGCUGUAAGGUGGGGUUUUACUGUAUUUACUACUUUUUUCUGUGGGUUCCAUCCCUUGUUCCAACUUAUUCACUUCUCUUACAGUCUGAAUACUUGCUCACUCUGCUUCAAAGUGUGGAACUUAACCUAUCUGAUAUAUGACACUCUGCUAUUGAGACUGACAUGGCACAGCUUUGAUCAAUAAUAAUUGAAUAAUAAUUGAUUUGGCAGUAAUUACUGCCAAAUCACCAUUUUUUUUUAUGUAUGAACAAAAGCCCUAUCUGGUGUGAGUUUUGUACCCCUGACAGAGCUUUCUGUUAUACUGUGAAUAUUGCCUUAUUUGGAAGCCUGUAUAUGUAAUUCACCAGGGAUGUAGCUAAGGAAAGGCUGAACAGGAUUUUUUGACCAACUGCAUCUUGAAAAUAAUUUCACCCCAUUUUUGUUCUGCAAAGCAAUUUGAGCCCAUGAUGAGGUCUUUUUGAUUACUUACAUGUAUUUCAAAUCAAUGUGAGAUGUGAAAACGUGUUUUUUUUUGUCAACAGUGGAUUAAGUGGGCAUUUGAAAGUAAAUUGUUGCCAUCUAAGAGGUACGUGUUUUUUACAAUUAAUACCCAGAGGGCAAGCGGAUUUAUUAUACACAAACCUUGAUUAGCAAUAUCCUUCAUGGUGUCUUUGUUUUGUCAUGUUUUUUAGCUCAUUUGAGACAAGAGAGCUGGAAGAAAAAUAUUUUGAUGCUGUUGAUUUAAUUGAAACAGCAUUUAACAGACUGGCAGAAACUGCAGUAAGUAAAGAUUUGCUCAUGUGGUCAAGUUUAACAAAAUUUAGGAGGUGAGGCUCUAUAAUAAGAUAUAGCUGCAGGGAUCCAUAUUCAUUUUUAUCAAAGUCGUCAACCGGGCAAGGACGCUUGAUGACAUACUUGCCCUGGUUACAAUUUAGGUUGCCCCGACAAAAGUGUAGAAUUGUAAGAAAGAAGGGUGAUAAAAAUAAUAAUUGUGUGCAACUUGAACAUUUCUGAUUUUCACUAUAAUAUUAUUUCCAUUAUAGUUACUAAUAAAGUAAUACAGGCUACAGGCCUGAGGCUAAACAUCCAAACAGUCUGCCAUCGUACAUUGGCUGCGGCUCCUGGUUAUUUUUUUGUCAUCAAAGGCGGCGAAAUGCUUUCAUCUUAAUGAAUGCUGUCACGUUUUCUGCUAAUGGCCCACAAAUGCAGUUCUUCACAAAAUGAAACAUACCAACAGUUAACAACAUGAAAACUGGGCCUGCGAUCUGCACCAUCAGAUUAAAGAUGGCACCAAACUAACAAUUUCAUUCCAUACAAAAGAUGCAUGUUAUUCUCGAUUAUUCUAAAGGUUGGAUGAGAAGUAAUCAGAACACGGGUAAAAUGUACACGAUAAAAUCAUAUAAGAAUUUUUGAAAAGAUUUUGUGGUUGAGCAAAACCUCAUUUGUCCAAAGGAAGACUUUGAUUGUUCAUGCAAGAUUGUAGUCGAUGGGAUGGCUGCGAAUAUGGAUCCCUGUACAUGUAGCUGUAUGUCUGUGUAGGCCAAAAAAGAAGCUGUAAUAAUUGGGUGUCUUUAUUGUAGGGUAUAAUCCUUUUACUUGCAAAAGUGGCCAAAGUUAUAAUACCACAAAAUUUGAUUUUGUAAAGCGGUGAAAAGCAAAUGGUAUGAUGUGAAAGAAUUGCCAGCGAGGUUUCAGUUGAACUGUCACACUAUAGGUUUUCAUCCAAAGACUCAAAUGUUAGAACUACCUUGUGCAGCAUAAUAAGCAGUACCACAGGAAAGUACUGCUUAGUAGCUUUCAUUUGAAUGGUCACACUUCAGGAUUUCACCUACAGACUCGAAAGUUAGAACCACCUUGUACAGCAUAACAAGCGGUACCACAGAAAAGUAUUGCUCAGUAGCUUUCAUUUGAAUAGUGACACUAUAGGAUUUCAUCUACACACUCAAAAGUUAGGACUAUGUUUUAAGACUCCUUCUUUCUCGGAAAUAUCUCUUUGUAAACUGUUAGUUACUCUGGACAAUUUUUUGCUCUUUUUGCAGCUUUUGAAAAAUAAAGACGGACUUGUUAAAAUUCUAAACCUCAUUGGAAGUCCAGGUGUAAGCAUGGUAAGGAAAGCACUUUAUUGUUGAUAUUGUACAUUGUCGUGAAAGGCGCAUUGAGAGUCAGUUCCUCUACUCAAACCAAAUUUUAUUGAAAAUGUUAUCUUUUUUGUAGGAAUUAUUAAUAAAAAAAGGGACAGCACCAGUUGUUUAAAUGUUGGAUGGUGCCGCUAUCCACUGGAUAAAUCACUAUCCAGCGGAUAAGAAUGAGGGAAAUAAAUUGCAUUAUCCACUAGAUAGAGAUUUAUCCACUGAUAGCACCAUCCACCUUUUGAACAACAAUGCCCAGGUAUUAAGAUGAUCAGGGUAGAAUGACAGUGUUUUGAUCAUUGAGCAUGUGUGCACAGAAAAAGCACAUAAGUAAAGCAACUCCUGUAAAUAUAGGUGGAAUCAGAACAAGGUUAAUCUUAUUUAAACAAGUGUCUCAGUCUUUGAAAAUGUAGUUAUCUCUGAACAAAUAAUAAUAAUGUUAUUUUUAUCGUUGCUUUUGUUUCUAUAGUCCCAGCACUUGGAUAAGGCAGUGACCUGCGCAGAAAGUUUUCUGGCUUUUACAAAUUUAAGGUACCGGUGUUUAGGAAUCUUCCAAUCAAAGGUUUAGUAGUGAGCAGUGAUUUUGUGACCUCUGCAUCCUGCUUCCCUGAUGUAUGAAAAUCCUUUAAGAUGCAAAAUUGUUUUAUGGCAAAAUAAUGCAUCCCAUAGGACACAAAGGUCGAUAGAUUGAUCCAUGUGUUUUUGUAGAAUUAUAUGCUGUUUGUGUAAUUUCUGUGGCAGUUAUUAGGCUGAUUUAGCGACAGGACAGGAACGUCAGUUGACGAUGGGAAAGCGCACGGAAAGGACUAAACACGACUUCCGGUGCCAAAUUUGCUGCUCUGCCAUUGGUCAAGCCACUUGUUUAAUUUGCGCGCGCCGUCGUCAACUGAUGUUCCCGUUCUGUUGCUAAAUCAGCCUAUUAUGGUUGUUGUGUAACGAUGGGUAUAGUUGUUGUGCUUUAAAACUGAAGGACUAUAUUUUAAUUUCAGUAUACACUAUACUGUUGUAAAGAGUUUUGUAGUCCGUUUUCAGAUUAUACUGUCUGGUUACAUAAAGGCCCAAGAAUUUUCAUUUUCGGAUUCUUUGUUUUUUUUAAGUGGGGCUCAUUGAUUUUAGACUGGGACUCACGAUUUUUCACAAAAUGGGUUCCCGGGACUGACCAUAACUAUUUGUAACAAAAUCGUGAGAUGAAAAACUCAGUGUGGAUUGAGGAAUUUUUUUAUCCAGAAAAGUGAUCAGCAGCAAACUUCUCCUUGUAACGUUAAUGGUUUGUAAAACAGGUUUGUCAAGAGAAUUGACUGCAUGAUCACACAAGUUGAAUUUAGUUUAUAUUAUUUUUAUCAAAUUCUCCCCACUACUUCUUUAGGAAGUGAAUAGGGGCAACAAAUGAGAAUUUAAAUUGUGAUCUUUGGGUUCAAAGGGUUAAGGGGUCACCAACUUGUGAACACUGCUGAAACUUAACAUUUGGCUUGUAUGUGGUGCAUGAUUGUGAAGCAUUUAGGCUGCAUUGUGGAUCUUUUUAGGGAUAAAAUCAAGCUAAAACCAGGAAUAACCAAAAGACAAGGAGAUGUUGCAUUACUGUUAGCUCAUUAUCAAGGUAUUAACCUCUUACUUGCUAGUUUGUCACUCUAACUUUAAAAUCUGUGAAUAAAUACCUAUGAUGUCACCAAUCAAAUGAAACCUCUUCAACAGUACUUUCACAUGGUGCGAUUUAUUUAGUUUGUAGUGGUAACUUUUGAGUCUGUGGACAAAAUCCUGUGAUGUGACCAUUCAAAUGAAACCUCUUCAUUGUACUUUGAAAUGGUACUAUUUUUGUUAGUAUGUAGGGCUAACUUUUGAGUCUGUGGAUGAAAUCCCAUAGUGUUACCAAGCAAAUGAAAUCUCCUCAGUAGGAUCUGGCAUUUGCUUGCCAGAUUUAUACAGGUUUAAUAGUAUUUUGUGAAAGUUGCCGAUACCUUCUGCUUUUCCUCCUACAGUCACAGACCAUAUCAAACAGUUGGCUUCAGGUACUGAUCUGGUUGAGGACUUUACCCAAAAGUGCAAAAAAGAGGAAGCUGUGAGUGCAAUAAUAACCAUAUUUUCUUGAAUAACCAUCUCUUUUUUAAAAGUUUUCUUGAGAGUGGAGGGCCCAUGAUUAAGGAAGGUUUCCUUCUUCAUACAGCCAUAUACCACAUGUACUUUAAAGGAGCUGUGUCACGAAAUUCAGCCAAAUUAGUCAAUUACAAAAUGCCCUUAAAUUAAGAGAACGUGAAAAUAACUGCGUAAAACAUUAAAGGAAGGUUAAAAUAACACAACAGAUACAACAUGCCAUGGAUGGACAAAACUGAAGAAGAUUGAAACGGAUUGAAAUUAGGGUUUUUGAAAACUGUUCAGCAUAACAGUUUUUCAAAGUUGAUCUCUGCUGUUUGCAACUUCAAAAAUAAUGCUCAGGAGACAUAUUUGUUUGUCUCGAAUCUCUGAUUUUGUCAUUUCCAUGUAAUUUCCUUGCUUACUUUAAGUUCCAUACUGAUUAAGGGCGAGUAAUUAGCAAAAUUAAACAAAAUGCACUGGGCUGCUGUGACACAGCCCCUUUAAUAAUCAUUGAAUAUUCACUUCUUCAUAGAAUAACUAGUUUUGUUAGACCAUGUGACUUCAAGCUUUAAGCUAAGGAUGAAACAAAUCCCUUGCUGGUUCAGAUUAAAGCGUUUUAAUGUUAGGUAUGUUAACUUCAGCUUCAGUAAAACAGACACAUUUAGAGAAAGUAUGCAAGAUGGGUUGAGCGAUGCAUGAAUGCUGACUUUUAAUUGGAUACAAUUACGUGAGAAUCAUGCCACACAUUAGAUUUGUGUCACUUGCUGUAAGACAAGUUUGCCUUGGACCAGUAACGUUUUUUCACAACCUGCAACCACCUGAUUUGUUGCAAAACAGGUUGGAUUCUUUGGUGGUAAAACACACAACAUCACUGUUCAUCUGGUUUGGCAGCAAUGUUAUGAUUUGUGUUUGUCAUUUUGGUCCAAUUUCAUUUGAAUAAUAUUUGUCCUUAGAAUACCACUGAUGAUAAGAAUGCGGGGAAUGCUAAAUUUGAAGAUGGCAAAUACACAGCUGCCAGUUCAAUUUACACCAAGGCAUUACAUAUGAGGUAAGCAGUUUCACUGUACUCUUAGAUGAUUCUUCUAGUGAGGGUGUCGGAGAUGGAGUUGUAGUUAGAAGCACAGAGCAUUACAAUUAUUUUAUCGUUCUAAUUCUGCUUACAACUCGGUCCCUUACAAUUUAGUGACAACUACACCUGUAGGUUUUCCAAAUGACAAGCAAAGCAGAAGUACCAAAACAGCAAAACAACCCAAAAACAUAGAAACAGGCAUUGUGAUUGGUUUAAGCACGUCUGUUUUCAAUCCCUACAAUUACUUUUCACUGGAUGUUGCACAGCAUAACAAACUCAGAAAAGUACUACUUAGUAACGGUCUGUUGAAUGAUGGUCACACUGAGGAUAGUUCCCGGGGUACUGCCAUACAUAGGCUACAUAGGAAUGUGCCGUUGUGAAGGGUAUGGUUUUCAAGCAGUUUACUUUAGGAUAGGGUAUAUGAAUCAGAGUCUUUGGGUCUAGAAUAGGGUAUCAUUUUUCAGGAAACUGGUCAGUUGGUGGAAGAUUUUAUCCAGACUAGGGAUUGUGGUAUAAGGUUUUGUUUUGGCUAGACUGUGCUAAUGACUGCAGUAGUUUCUGGAAAACAGCUACAGCUACAGCGGGGGGAUUUGGGGAGUUUACUCUAGUAUACGGUAGCAAAAUUCAGUUGAGCUAGCUGUGGUAUAGGUGAAGGGUUCCAGGGUCCCAGCAGCACAUCCCCACCCAGAAAUUCCUAAAGUAACCCCCCUGGGGAUAGUUUCCUUAGACUGUAGAGCUAGAACCACCUUCUACGACAUAAUAAACAGCACCACAGAAAAGUAUUGUUCGGUAGCUUUCAUUUGAACGGUCAUACUUUAGGAUUUCAUCCACAGACUCGAAAGUUUGAACAACCUUGUACAGCAUAAUAAACAGUAUCAAAGGAAAGUACUGCUCAGUAGCUUUCAUUUGAAUGCUCAUACUGUAGGAUUUCAUCCACAGACUCAAAAGUUUGAACAACCUUGUACAGCAUAAUAAACAGUACCAAAGGAAAGUACUGCUCAGUACAUAUAGCUUUCAUUUGAAUGGUCACACUCAACAAUUUUACCUACAGUCUUUAUUGUUCCAUUGACUUUUUUUUACAUUUAAUUUUUCAUCUGUACUUGCAGCCCCUAUAAUCAUCUCCUUUAUGGAAACAGAGCUCAGAGUUUCCUUAAGACUAAAGAUUUAAGGCAAGUAUCUUUGGUAUUGUUGAUUACCCUUCAGUCUUUUGUUUCCUCAAAUUAUUAGCAAUCAAUGGAUGAGUGCAGAGUAUGGUCUGAAGAAUAUAACACUCAAAGAGGGAGUUAUCCCAGUGUGGAUAACCAUAGUCAUCCAUGAAAACAUAAAAGCAGAUAAAUUGUUUCCCUAUUUUAGGGUUGACCUAAGAAAUACAGUCCGGCAACUACAGCUUUGUGUAUCAAAUUUAAUUUGCUGCUGAUGAAAAAAGUGCAUUUUUGAUUUUCUAAAACAUUGCAUGAAAUUAUGUUAUUGACAUUUCAACAACCCCUUCCCCAACUUUUGCAAGGAAUAAUGUUUUUCCCUUUAUUUUGAAGAAUUCUACAAAAUAGAGUUAUCGUUAUUUUUUUUAAAACAUAAAUGAGAGUUUUUUUCCCUUUUCUUGUGUUAAUAACAUCAGUACUGUAAAUCUGUAGGCGUGCACUCUCUGAUGGACGAAGAGCAGUGGUCCUGAAACCAGAUUGGCACAAGGUAUGCUUAUUUAGCAUGGAACGAUUUCAUUUAACUGUUAUUUUCCCACACAAACACUGUAAAGGUGGAUCUUCAGGGUUCACACAGUCUUCAGAGUAAGAGAAAUGACUCCUGAGUUCAAACCUUUCAAAGAAAAAUCUUCUUAUCUACUUGUCCCUCAGACAAGCACCAUAUUAAAUUUGGUUGUUUGAAACCCAAGAGUUCUCGUCCAAAACAUCUUGCCAGGUUCCUAAGCCAAACAGAGCUCAUAAAAUUUAAAAAUGUGCUUGUCCUAGACAAGUUUGUCAAAGGUUUACAUGUCCGAACUAAAUUUCUACCUCUCCCGGACAAUCAUCGGACAGUGGUUUUGGUGCGUCCUGGCCUUGAAAAGUCCUCGAAUUUUCUUCAGCUUUGAAUGUAGUGGCCUGAAAAAGUGUCGUAUGAUGCUCUUUGGUUGUCCAAAACAGAAUAUAAAUCGUAGCUUUCUUUUUUGGGACUGUAAUUAACUAUCAAUUUGAGACAGGUCAACUGAAAAAUGUCGAGAAGUUGGUGGAGCAAAGAGCUCAAUCCUUAAAGUCCUAUAACAUUGGAAUGGGAAUGUGCAUUUUUGUACAGUGUGUCAAAGGUAGUUCAUCCUUGAAAAUCAAAUGUGGUCCUUGAAAGGUCCUUGAAAAGUCCUUAAAAAUGGUUCCAAUUUUUGCGUGAAACCUGGAUCGUAGUAUUACUUUAACCCAUUCGCUCGUGGAGAUUUUGCGGAAAAACACGUGUUGAAGCUAGUCAAGUGGUUUUCUGGUCACUGUGGUGCGAAAGAGAGCUAAAACUUACCACAAACCUGUUUACAGGUGGCACACUUCACAGCCUUCUGAUCCAGUUGCAAAAUAUUAGCUUGCGAAGUUCGGACGUGUGUAGAAAGCAAAAUUUGAAGAUAGUUUUUGGGUUUAAAAGUGAUGCAGCAGUCUUGACUUUUAGUUUUCGGCUUUCUCUCCUCCCCUCUGUCCUCCCCUCUUUGCCUCUUUUUUUUUUUCUUGCUGGGCAUUUAGUAGGCUUCAUUUUGAUGGGAAGAGUUUUUAGGAAAGCUUUUAGGAUCUGAGGGUUAGGCGAAAUGAAAGGUAGGUGGGCAAUGGAACAAGAUUUUCAUGGAGAUUUUCAGGUCAUUGUUACAUGGUUUUCCGGUGUCCUUGACUGAAUUGUGCUCAUUCUGGUAUGGUCACUCUGCACAAGUUCGCAGACAAAGUUGUCCUUGACCAUUAAAACUGAUGACCUCACAAGUGCUAGAAAGGACGUGGAUCCGCCCGGGCGGUUAUGGGUGGUUCAGGGGCAAAUGGGUUCAAGAAAUUGUCAAAACUUAGCAUUUUCUUUCAGGCUCAAUACAGAUAUGCUCAGGCAUUUUAUGAACUUGGAGAUAUCACCAGAGCCAAGGAAACAAACAGGGCUGCAAGGAAAAUUUGUUCUGAAAAGAAGGACUUGGAAGGUCAAUUUGAAAGAUUUGAAAAGGGCUUCCAAGCAAGUGAGUUAUGCUGAAGUAUUAACAUAAAGUUCUACAUGUAUCUGACUAAACUCAUGAAUAAUAUUUGAAGUUGAGUGUACAUCUGUGAGUUCAGAUUAUUUUGAUGCAAUAUUGAAACCUCAGCAUUUGUACCAAGUCUCAAAUGUCUCCUUAUUUUUUGUUGGCAUUUAGAAAUUGUUGCAGCAAAGUUUCAGUUUUUCCACAUAGGGUUUUAUGAAUCUAGGAUUUUACCAUUCACAAACUUCCAACUGAAUUUACUAGGCAACAGUUUGAUUUAGAAUCUUUAAGAAGCUUUAAGGAGAAACCAGUUUUUUGAAUUUUUAUAUGUCAUUUUAUAUUGCUGAAACAAUAAAAAUCUCUGUCUCAGUCAUUGAAAAUGUGUGUGUACAAAUGCAAUGGUUUUUUUCAACUUUUUAAUGGCAAAUAGAAAGUUUUGAAAAUGUGACGAAAUACAUGAAAAUUGAGUUACCGGUAGAUGCAACUGUGUCUAUGAAAGCAGAAGCAUUACAGCUUCUGAGAUGAAAUUUCAAAGAACACAUGUUAAGAACAAAACUUUAAUUUCCGUAAAAAUGCAUCUGUGUAUGCAUAACUGAGCCGUGGUUUGCAAUUCUUUAGCUAAAGAAGGUAAAGGAAAAGCUACAGAGAAGAGAAAGGCUGCUAAGCAUAGGUAAGGCACUUACAAUAAUAUUUUUUUAAAUGUAAAACUGGUGCUACUUUUGGUGAUUUGAUAAAUGACCAGGUGCUUUCUCGAGGCUAAAAAAGUGAAUAAUGGCACCAGAAUUCCUUUAAAUUAUUAUUAUUUUUGUCCAAUAGUAAACUGCUCGAUGACUUGCCAGACUUGGUGGACCCAGAUUCUGGUGACACAAGUUCUGAUGAUGAUAAUGGUGCAUGUAUUCCAGAUCUGGUUGAUAUGGAGGAUGAAGAUUCUACCGACUCCACUCAUGAUGAUAGUGAGGUAAAAGCAAGGAUAAUCUAUGACUGUCUGUUUUACUUACCAUAUUAGAGACCUGUAGAUUCUAAGGUGAGUACGACUAUGAGUACGAGAUUUUCUCAAUACUACAUAGUGCUUGCGUGAGAAGCAGCGUCAUUUUGGCGGGAAAAUGUGGUAGCCGUCGUCAAUCUAUGACGAGUUUUGGCACAAAUGUUGUGCUGGCGAAAACAAGUUAUCAAAUGUAGGUUAAGUUUGAUCAUCCAGGUGAACGUAGUCCUGAAUAGGACUGUUGUUUUGACAGUGACUGAUGUUUCGACAACCUGAGCAGUAGUCAUCUUCAGAGUCAAAGUGAGCUGUAUCACGUCAGUUGAUGGUAUUAUACUCUGGUUAUAUGGUCAAAUGUUAGAAGUUUUAUCAUUUUGCGAUAGGGAAGGCGCGUAACCUCCUCCACUAAAAGAUAUCAGAGCUAACUUUUCUAGUGAAAUACGGUAAAAUGAAGCUUUUCUGGAAGUCUAUAUUUUGAGAAUACACAAAAAAACUUCAAAUCAAAUCUCGUACUCGUAGUCCUCCUCGUCCUCAAGUCUAAAGGUCUCUAUUUACUUGAUUUAGCACUACCCUUGAAUAAAUGCUGCCCUCAGUAAAUUUCCCAUUCUUUGUUGUUCACUUAACUUAGUGUACUUGACUUUUGUAGGAUCCAAACUCAGACAUUUCAGGAUAUGAAUCAGAUGACUCAUCUGCUCGGUUAGUUGUUGACAGUGAUUAUUCUUUGAAAAGGCACGAACACACUCGGCAAUAUGUCCCUUUCAACACGUCGAUGUGGAAAACCCCUUCUUGUGAGCAGGUCGUGAAGACGUGUUGCGGUGACAAAACACUUUGUGUGAGCUGGAGAAUUUUUGUGAGAAACUAGCAUUUUGUUGCUGCUAAGGGUCACCACAACGUAUUAUGCUGUGACUUGUCGCCUAGUGUGUAUAGACCUUAUACAUUUGUGUAAUAGAGCGAUUUUUGUAUGACCUUGAAAUGAAAACGCGCGAACGAACCAGAAAAAACAAGCAAACGGAAAUAGAGUGAUUUGAUUGGUUUAUCGAAUGGAUACAAACAUCCUUCCCUCCCCCAUUCACCCUUUCUCAUUUUGGAGCUUGAACUUUCAUACUUGGUUUGUUGAAAUAUGAUUUUUGCUGUCUUCUUUAAUAGUUGUUUCCUAAAAAUUAUUUUGGAACUUCAGAGAGACUUGAAGCAAAAUAACAUCCACAGGUCAUUAAUUGUUCUCUAAAACAAAAUAAUAAUGCUCAUUCUUCUUUCUGUUACAGAAAGAAAAACACUUCUGCAGCCCCACUGGUAAGAAAAGUACUUUCAAUUAACUUGCUGCCCUUCCUCUGAAGUUUAUGUGUGGUUCAAGAAAAUAUCCAUUCUCCGUCACAAAGUGUUGUUGGUUUGAAUUCUAGUCUACCUUGAAGAUUUUGGCCUUUAGGCCCUUCCCCCAACCUCCCUCCUCUGAAUUUUUCAGUGAACCACAAUCUAAGAUGGGGGAACAAAUUAUUAUUUUCUGCAACUGCACGUUCUUUCCCUGAGUAACAAUUAUUUGUUUGUUUAUUUCUAUUUCCUUGUAAGGGUUACAUUGACUGAAACUUAUUUUCAAAUAUGCAGUUAUUUAACUUACCGGUAUCUAGUUGUGUGCUAGAGAUUUCUCAAGUUGAAACAUGAAUAAGGACGUUGAAAACUGUGCUCAAAGUUUCUUAGAUAUUGUGCAAUUUUUUUCUCCAGCGCAAGAAAAAAAGACCAAAUAAAAAAGUAAGGCAAGCUUUACGAGAAACGAUGCAGAACAAAGUUAAGCGAGAGGAAAAGGCCAAGAAAGAAGAAGAGGAGAAAAAGGUAGCAACUGGAAAGGAAAACAAAAAGUUGGAGAAAAAGAACAAAAAGGCUAAGGUAGGAAAACAGAUUGUUUUCCUAUCAUAUGCUCUCGUUAAUGUUAACCUGCAAGCAGACCCUGUAGAUGAGAGCAAGUAACCAAGCUGUGAGUUGUGGAAGGGACAAAGCCACAAGAGAUGUGUGAAAUGCACUGGCAAGAAGAGUUUGUAAACAUCUCUUCCAGUACUGGCUCAUAACUCUUUGUGUGGAGGCCUAUUAUUUGUGUUAACCCAGCACAAAUCCUCAUGGAGAGAGCCUGAUCGCAAGAUGUGUUGUUUUUGUCCAAGUAGUAUCCAUGUCAAUCUACAAUGGCACUCGUUGUUACAGUAAAGUUCACAUUAACAAUACCACUUGUUAUUAAAAAGUGGUGACAAUAGUGUCAUGUAAAAUGCACGAGUCUCAUUUGAAGUAUCACCACACUUAUUUUGAUGACAGUACUUACCUACACUUUAUUUCUGUUAAAGGGUUGUGAGUUUGAUAAAUCUUUUACAUUGCAGGCUACCCAAGUUGACCAGAAUGGCAAUUCUCAACGAAAAAAAGAAUUUACUGCUCUUCUUAAGCAAGUAAGUUCAUUUGACAAUGGCGUUAAAAAAAUUGAUCUCCACAUCCCAAAAUGUUAUUGCUUGCUCAAGGCAGUUGCAUGUUUAGCUUAGUUUAUGAGUUAGUUGGAAAAACACUUCCCUUGCCCUCAGCCCACCUGACAACUGAGCUUGAAAAACUCCUUCAUUUUUAUCCAUGCUGCCGUGCAGUUUUAUGAUGCCCCCCCUAAAUGACAAGGCAGGCAAAUGACGGUUGGACGCAGCUGGAAUUGACUGGUGUGUUAUAUUAUUAAAAUGUAUGACGUCUCCUUGAGAAAUUCCAAGAGUGUUUUAGGACAGUCCAAACAGAGAGAGAAAAAUGUUGAUAGUCUGACGUUCUCCCAAGCUUGUUUUAUUAAGUUUUGAGUGAUGAUGUGAUGUUUUCCUCACAGGGCAGCAAGGCUGUUCUGGAAAAAAAGUGUGUCAUGGCUGUUCAUAACUAUGGAAAAGCAAUAACAAUAUUAGAGCAAUAUGAUUUUUGCUAUCAGGUAAAUUACAUAACUUAAACUAGAUGAAAUGAUUAACAAUUAAUCCUCGAGCCCGAAUGGGCAGAGUCAAUAGCCCAUGAGGCCCAGUUCAUGAGCUAUUGACCCAGGCCAUGAGGGUGAGAGGAAUAAUUGUUUUAGUAAAAUCCAACUAGUUGGUUGAAAAUAUCGAGACAAAACAACUUUAGCUAGCAAAACGCGAUUCAGCCACCAUUGUUUUGGUUUUCAAAGCUGGUGCUUCUUGCUACUAGGGGGCAAUAACAUAUAGCCUAGAAGUAGCUCAACCAAUCAGAAUUCACCACUAGUUGGAUUUUACUAAUUAUUAUAAUAAAGUUCUGAUAUAACGAACACUCUGAUUGGUUGAAAAAGUGUGCUUUAUGAAAAGAUAAAAGACGGAGAUAAAGCUGUCACACUAUCUGACAAUACUGUAAACGUCCUCUCAUGAGCCCUGGGCUUAUACAACUUUGUAAGGGGGUUUAGGAGGGCAUAUAAAAUGGGGGGAAGGUUUGUACCAGCUGUAUUUUUUGGUUUACAGGUACAUGGUCCUACAACUGGUAGGGCUUAUAAGUGAAAGUUUACAGUAGUUUUUUUUUUUAAAUUAGAAUGAAAUCCAUGGGGAAUUUUACAGAUUCUUUAUCAUAAAACAAAUAAAGAAACCUUGACUUUGCUCUGUUCUGUUGUAAAGCACUCAGGUAGCGUGUGGUGUGGUGUGUUUGAGAAUUUCAAUUUGAAAGAAAUCCAUGGGGAAUUUAACAGAUUGUCUAUCAUAAAACAAAUAAAGAAGUCUUGGGUGUGCCCUGUUCCAUUUUAAAGCACUCAGGUAGCGUGUGGCAUGUCAGUAACUUUAUUUUUUGUCUUUGACAGGUCUUUGACUUGAAGGAAAUUGAUUUUGUCAUAUUAUUGUAUGGUUUUGGUGCAGCCUAUCUGGAGGUUGGUGGUCACGAGGUAAACAAUAUUAUUCCACUCUUAAAUUCGGUGUUGCUAUUGCAAUAACCAGUCGUAUUGCAGAGAAAUUGUGAGUAAUUGGGCCUGAUUCUAUUUUCAGGAACUUCGAGAGGCCAAGAAGCAGUUUGACAUCAUUGUUGUAGAACAUAAAAAUGUAGUGUUUCCUUUAGCAUACUUGGGCAGUGGAAGAGUGUUUUAUAAACAAAACAGGUAUGAUAGGUGAUGAUUAUUAUUGAAAUGUCAGCUGAUAAAUGAAAAGCUGGAAUGAGUGUUAAGAUGGCUUUCCAACAACAGUUAAGUGCUCUGAGAAAGAAAGACGAAGGUAUUUUUUUUCUAAUGAAGUAUAUUUCUCUCUACUUUUCUCAGAUUUACAGAAGCCCUGAAACCUCUAGAAGAAGGCCUAGCAUUAGUCAACAAAUUGGGUGAUGAUCUUGCAUCUUACAGAUGGCCUGGUUCUCAAGUUAUUAUUGAUGAGACAAAACCUGGAAAGUUGCAGGCAAGUGCUAGUGUAGCUUCCCAUGCAGGGGUUCGUCACGUGAUCUUGCUCCACUUUGGGGAGGAUUGCGUGACGAGCCAAAGAACAUCUGCUUGGGAGGCUAGUGUGAGUGUUGACACUUUGAUUCCUAAGUGUCAAAUGGUCAUGAUUUGUGAAGGGCAGUCACUAAGAUCUCAAGUUGCUGGGUAUUUGCAAUCAUUAGGCAGGGGAUUGAACAACUAGAAAUGUGUUUCACUUUUAUUUUCCUUUUGUUCCCAGAGAAGUGGAUGAGGAGGGGCAUGCUCAUUUUAGCGGGGGGGGGGACCCCCGCCCCUGCCCUCUGUCACACCCCUGUUCGUUUAUCUUGUUUUUGCAUGUCUUGGUUAGAGAGACAUUUUGAAUGUUGUUGAAGUUUCAGCUUAUAGAGUUGGGGACAAUAAGGUGACUGAAAAACUACCAUAUACUAUCAUGACAUUUUUGAACGCAUCCAAGGUGCAUAAUAAUCGGCUCAUCUCUACGCUAGUUCUUUGAACCGUUACUUUCUUCAACCUACUUACCUUUGUACAGUGCUUGACUUAUCUUUCAGAGUGCAAUAGAGACGUUAAUUAGAAUUUGUCGUCAUCCUCCUCGUCCGGAUGCCGUUUGUAGAUAUCAAAACUGUUCAAAUAAAGCACAGAUUUAUCUUACAGAUCCUGGUAGGUGUUUUGUCCCCUAAUGUGUGUGUGAAGCUUCCUGGGGCCCACAUAAAGUAUUUUCUUGGGCGGGGCCGACAAAUAUUCAGUCUAGAAUUCAAAUAAGGCAUUGCCAAGGUGUCAUCCUUUUUAUAUUGUAACACUGGAAAGGAAACUUUUUGUUUCAUUUAUAGAAAAAGUAUACUUGAAUUCCAUGCAUUUUGCUGUAGUUUUUUUCCAUGGUCCACGCCCUAUUCUAUGAGAUAGCAGUGUUACUCCUUUUCAUCUUUUUUCGUCAGUCGAAUUCAUGUUUUUAGGUGUUAUUCAACCUUAGAAAAGUGUCUGAGAUGAAAGAACAAGAGCCCUUAAAAUUAAACAACAGAAUAGUUUGCGUUAGUUUUAACCAGAUGAUCGUAAUAUCCCAAUUGCCGGAUCGUAGAGGGUUGCAUUGCAUCUUGAGUUGUCGUAUUUUUAGAGGAUCGUCUCGAUGGCUUGAACACAUUUUGAGCUGGCUCAGGUGAUCAUAGUCUGCAAAUAAAACUGCCAUCACCCUCUGUUGGCUGUAUUCGCAGGCUACGGUGAUUGAGAUGAUCUAGCCAAUUAUAUGGAAAACUAGGCUAUAGAGGCAGUGGAAGCAUUCGUUAAGAUAACCUUGCUUUGUCUGAUCAACAGACUACAAAGGCUACAUACAACUGAUCUGCCAUCAAGAAUGUAAAGUGGAAUUUCAUCCUGUUUGUUGGAAGAAACAGAAAAGUACCCAAGAAGGAAAGGCUGGAGACAAGGUGAGGGCUCUUGUCGUAGAACCUCAAAUUAAGCCGUGUUGACUACCACUCGACCGGUUACUGCUUCAGUUGAUUGGGUAUCAGACUCCCCUGAGCGAUUGGCCCAGGUUCAAUAUCGGCCUCUCAGCCUCAGGAGUGGACUUUCUAGUCAUCUAGAUUAGGAAAAAUGUUGAAAAUAACUGAGCGAUUUUUUGCACGGUGAUUGGUCGAGAGCUGUGGUCAAGGAAAGUAAAGACUUUGGAUAUGACCUAACGAUGGAGCAGUUUUUCAACAGGGUUUUCAUUUCGGCAUCGGAGAUCGGAGAAUUCUCCGUUUACUACGCAGAAUUAUCCAGCUAACGUGCGAUAGCCUAUGACUCGAUUUUAUAUUCAGACAUGGAGCCUGUUUCACAAUAUUCUCCUGUUAAGUUACACCUUUCUCCUGCUACUAGAAUUCUUAGUGAAAACCCAGUUCAAUGAUUGGACUCGUGUGGAAACCAAGCUCUAUAGUGUUCGCUGUGCCAAAUCAGUGUGUUCUGAAUCUUAAUAGAGACCUUUAGAUUCGAGGACAACUACGAGUACGAGAUUGGACUUGAAGUUUUUGCGUGUAUUCUCAAAAUAUAGACUUCCCGGAAAGCUUUAUUUUACCAUUUUUCACUAGAAAAGUUAGCACUGUUAUCUUUAGUGAAGGAGGUUACGCCCCCUCUCGAUCGCAAAGUGAUCAAACUUCUAACAUUUAAUUUUAAUAUCUUGUUUUCGCCACCUCGACAUUCUCGUUAAGACUCGUAGUAGAGUGACGACGGCUACCACGUUUUCCCGCCAAAAUGACGCUGGUUCACGCGGGAGCACUACUUAGCACUGAUAAAAUCUCGUACUUGUAGUCCUACUCGUCUUAGAAUCUAAAGCUCUCUAAUGUCUUACAAUUAACCUGAUUGGUUGAAUUAAAAUGAAAUGAAAUGAAUGAUUCUUCUUUGAUGAUAACAGGAUUUUCUUGAUGAUGGUUGUUUGACCCCAGACUGUGGAGGAUCCGUUGUCAACAUUCAGAUUUUUGAUACUGAUGGUCUAAAGACAGAGGUAAUCACAUGACUUAAACACUUUCGCCCCUACACCAAGUUUUGGCAGGAUCAUUUGUCACUGUAGUUAAUUUUCUGAAUGAAAUCCUAUGGUGUUACCAUUCAAAUGAAACCUCUUCAGCAGUACUUUCACAUGGUACUAUUCAUUUAGUAUGUAGUUCUAACUUUUGGGUCUGUGGAUGAAAUCCCAAGGUGUUGUCAUUCAAAUGAAACCUCUUCAGCAGUACUUUCACAUGGUACUAUUUAUUUAGUAUGUAGUUCUAACUUUUGAGUCUGUGGAUGAAAUCCCAAGGUGUUGUCAUUCAAAUGAAACUUCUUCAGCAGUACUUUCACAUGGUACUAUUUAUUUAGUAUGUAGUUCUAACUUUUGAGUCUGUGGAUGAAAUCCCAAGGCGUUGUCAUUCAAAUGAAACCUCUUCAGCAGUACUUUCACAUGGUACUAUUUAUUUAGUUUGUUGUUCUAACUUUUGAGUCUGUAGAUGAAAUCCUAAGGUGUUGUCAUUCAAAUAAAACCUCUUUUGCACAACGUUUGCAGGGUGCUAUUUUUUCCUUAGGAUUUUACGACAAAGACAUUUGGAACUUUUGUGAAUUUCUUCGCUUGCCGCUCAUAGGAAUGGAAGGGUUGAUAGAGGAGCUGAGUCACUGUUUAUGGAAUCGGUGCAUUGCAUGUCACGUUAUACGUAAAAUCCUGGUCUUUAAAGAUUUUUAUAGAAAAAAGGGAAACAUGUAACUUGAAUGGCUUGAUUCAUUUGGACGUUGAUAUUUUCCUCCUCCUUCCCUCCCCCCUGAGAUGGGUGUGCUGGGUCUUAAAGGCGAUACACUUAGAACUUAAGAUGAACGUAUGUUGUUUUCAGGGGCACAAAGUACAACAAUUAUUUUCAGGGGCCAUGCAAGCAUUCUAGAACGAAUAAAAUACUAAUUAGGGACUCUUGUGUUGAUUUCCGUUGUUGUGUUUUAGUUUAAAAGCGAAAAGUUGAACACGAAACAGGAAAACAAGCCCAAAGCCACAAAGCAAAAUAAAGUCAAAGGAAGGUUCGUUCGCUUUUUGUUUCUUGCAAUUACUUUGAUAGUUACAUUAAAGUUCCACUGCACUUUCCGUAACAGAGUUGUUUUCAAAACAAAAGUUAGUUUCAAGACCUACAUUAAGGGCCUGUUUACAUGGAGGUGGGGGACCCCAGGUAGGUGAGGUAACCCGCUUUGGUGGGUAACCCGCCUGUCCACAUAAUCUCUCAUUUUAAUUUGAUCACGUUUACAUGAUAGGUGGGGUGACCCGCCGCAUGUUACCUCACCUAACUGGUGUCCCCCACUUCCAUGUAAACAGGCCUUAAAUAUAGAGUUCGAUGCUUAAUCUCGGUAUAGUUGCUUGUUCUUCGUGUUGUAGUAGCUCAGUCUAUUAUAAUUGCCUUUGUUGACUAGUUUUUUAAAAGAAAGGGAUAGAGUUGAAGGGCACGAUCACUGGCUUCCAAAAUGAGUGCUCCUUUCUCCUUGAAAUUCUUUGUUUGUUUGUUUUGACAUACGUUGCCAAAGAGACUGAAGUGACUGAUAACGCGGUUUUAUUUUAUAGUGUUGUUGCCACCAAGCAAAAGAAGAAGAAGGAAAAAGAGGAUGCCAUCAAGAUAGAAGAUGUCACACCCACAGAUACCGAUACUACCGAAGAGAAGGAACCCAGUAAUCCUGCACCCCAUCAACCUCCCCCUCCUCCUCCCCCUCCCUCUGUACCAGGUAUGUGGUCAAAACUCAACCAAGCUUCAAUAGAGCGUUUUCUCUCACGUGACCUGCAGAUAUCCAAAUUUAUUACAACAGAACAAAGUGUUUACGUAAAAAAAAGGUUCAACUCCCACAGCACCGUUUGGGACACCAAUAUGACCGCCGUGACGUCAUGUGGAAACGAUUUGUAGUCCCUUUCGUCCUGAAAGUAACCGCUGAAUGCAAACGCUGAUGACGGUUUUUUUACAUGGUUAGCCUCAACCUCAAGCAAGAUUGUCACAAAUGCUGGCUGGAAGGUGACUGAAAUUUAAAAAAAAAAAAUAAAAGGGUUGUUGGAGUUUGUGAAUAUACUCACUUCAGAUGGAAGCUAACCCUGUAAAAUUGCGCCGUCGGUGCUUUAAUUCAGCGGUCUUUGCAAAUGAUCUCAGAACUCUGUGGUUCUUUUUAGUUUUCUUUUCCAUGAGAUUCCGUUGAUGAUGAAGCAAAGGAGAGCACAAAGUAAAGCCAAGGGUCUAUAAAUUGUUUUCUUAGUGUGAGCAAGACAAGAAAGGAAAUUCAACAUUCAAUAUUCAGUCUUAACAAAGUGUGCUUCGACUGUUAUUUAUUUUUUUUCUCAACCCCAACCUUUGCCUACUCCUCUCAGCCACUAGGUUUCUACUCCCAACCCCCAUACUCGCAGUGAUGCACCGUCUAUCCCUCCCCUCCCAUAGAAGGUAUGUGUGUUUAAAGGUUAUGAUAAUAAAGUGAUUAAUGCUGCUGUUGAUUUCAGUGCAAAAAGAAGAAAAACCACCCGAAGAAAAACACCCAAAAAACGUGAGGCACAGUUUUUUUUUCUUUUUUGAUUAGUCAAAAGAAAGGCCUCAAAACUUCCAAAACCUCUCAAAUUGUACUCAUUGGCUUCUUCUCUUGGUGUCUUUGUUAGGCAUUACAAGACAAUUCCAACGCUGAUGCUGGUAUUGGUGAAGGUUUGUAUGUUUAAUGCUUAACCCCCAACCCCACCCCCGUUGUCUUUGAUCCCCUAAUAGAGAACAAAAGAACCACGACGAAGUUCACGACGACGACGUCUGUUGACUGGGAAAAGACUGGAACGAGAACGUCAGUUUCGGCGGGAAAAAGGAAAGUUAAGAUGCAGUUGGUCGGUAGGUCGACGACGACGACACUGAAUGUAAACACAGAUGUAAAACUGUGAUGUUCGUUCGCAACAAAGUUUUUCGCAAUGGCGUCUUUCAAAACAAUGCAAGAUCUUAUUUGUUCAAGCCGUACGUCUAAUUUCAUUGACGAUGAAAAAUUUUUUGUGUUGUCUGACCUUUUCGAGUGGAAAUACACCUACUUUCCGUACGAAAUUAUUCAACUUUCAACUUGAAUGAGAUGACCGAGUCCGAGUGUCUGUCAGAGUUUAGAUUUCGAAAAAGAGACAUUCUGAUGUGAUAGCUGCUUUCCAUAUAAAGUUUUUUUCCUCUAUAUUAAAGAUAUAUGAUUUACCUUACCUAAAUACGUACAAAUAAAUUUAUCACAAUUCACAUACCAGUUCGCUCGCUCGGCCUCCUCAGCUGUUGUCAUUCUUCAAAGUAAAAUCAAUUCAUUAGUCGAAUUUUCAAUCAACAUCGCUUGUUAGGAGAAAAAAGGAACGAUACCUGGAUUUAGGAGGACAAGAAAAUGUAAAGGCCGUCAAAAAUCGCUUAAAACAGUGGAUUUAUACCUGCCGAAGCUUGUGGAUUGCAGGACGACGUGAUUCUACUUUGUUUUGCGUCGUCGACGACACCACGACGACGAAAUUUACUGGUCGCGCUUGCGCAGCACAGUGUAACUCACUUCCGGUCGUCGUCGACCAAGCUGUCGUCGUGGUUCUUAAUUUCCCUAUUGUUGAUUCCCAAAAGUGGGGGUGCGAGAGUGAGUUUCUGUCUUACAAAGUGUUCUCUUAUCGGAAGUCAAAACACAAUAUUCCUAGUUCCGGUUUGUUGUGGAAUCAUAGCACUAAGGAUACUAGUCAAAGGGGACCAUUGUCUCUUUUUAUUGAUUAAGUUGUUUUUACUUAUCUCGUUCUCUUAGUUGAUGUUAAGGCCGGUUUAGGUAUUUUGUCAACAUCAAGGAGCUUGAGCAAACUAAGGCAUUUUUGAGCGAUGCUUGUCAAACAGAAGUGGACUUUUUAUAUUCUGUGGCAGUUGUUUUAGCCCAAAUUUUCGGGAAAAUCGUCUGAACAAGAGUAAAAACACUUAGCAAUACAAAUUUGUCAGCGUCAAGGCAUAUACAAAGGGAAAAGGUCCAACUUCUCGUUGACUAGCCUCCCCACAGGCAUCCUUUGGGGGUCGUUUGUCACGCAUUCAUUUCUCCCCCACGUGGGGGAGAAAUGAAUGCGUGACGAACGAACCCCACGGGACGUCUGCGGGGAGGCUACCCGUUGACGUGCUUCGCUCCAAAACACCUUUGCAGUCAAGCUCCCUAUUGCUGUGAACACACCACACUAUUGCCUUGCUACAUAGUAUUGAAAAGUGAUGUAUAAAUGCUUUACAGAUCUUUAACAUCUGUUUUAGGUGGCGGGGGUUUUAUUCUGAAGAAAGAUGAAGAUGAAGAACCAAUCAAGGUAAGGAGAGUUUCUCUUACGGGUAAAUAAACGCAAAAUUUUUCUGAUCUUUGUUUAUCUAAACACCGUUUCUUGUGCAUGGUUUCACGGAAUCAUAUAGGGUAGACUAGAAGAACAUUCAUCCUCUUUUAAAUAAGCCACUUAGGAAGAGAUCUGGAAGUUCAAUGAUUUAUUAAACUGCUGCGGGCCUAAGUUAUAGUCUCCCUUCACUUCACGCAGCGCUCCUCAGGUUUUUGUAAAGCUCCUCCCCAACAAUGAUUUCUUAAACCGCGGCCUAAGUUAGACCACGCUGGGAACCCACGUGACAUAUAAAGCGUUAAUUAUCCCUUAACAGUAGAUCUUUUAGCCAUUGUCUUUCCCUUGUUCUCAAAGUGACUACAUUGAGAUUUUUAAUAGUACAGCUUCGCUGUUUUUUGCAAGCCAACAACAACUUUAUUUAAGUGCAUUGAAAUAUAGUACAAGCCUUCUGUACAUGUUACUUGGCUGGGGGUCCAGGGCCAAGCUGUAGUCGUUACUUGGCAGACGUUAUACGAAAGUUAGUGGUACAUAAUUCACGCAAAAAUUGUCUUUAGAAGUAUCCUCUUUGAAAAAUUUAAAUUUCUCGAAAUUUCCUUGGUGAGAAGAGCUUACGCACCGAGGGAAGAAGUGGCUCUGUCUUCCUUUCUAAUUCCCUUUGUGUUUUUUUGCUUUUAAAGGGAGUAGGCAAGGCUAAAACCAGGAAGAAAAAAGCCAAGGUGAGAACCAGUUUGUGGUUUAAUCCUUUUACUGAAAGUACUGCUCUCUUUUAAUGUUUUCUCAGUUACUAGGUCUUUGUAAGGCACCAAGGGCGGAUCCACACCGGUUUCUACCGUUUUACGGAAAUCUGUCACAUAUUUUUUCAUAAUAAAUAUAUUUUUAAUAAUAAAAACACUUUCCAAGUUGAAAUCUGGCCAAUAUCCUGUCUGAAUGACUCGGAAACCCAGGAAAGGGGACCUUAAGGAGUAAAAAUCCAAACAAUUUCUUGGGGGAGCCCGCCCUCGGACCCCGCUAGAAGCUUGCGCCUUCGGCGCUCGUUUAGGAAACCCAGUAUUUAUUCUAGAUUCGUGCCUGGGCACAUAAUGCGACGUCGUUCGAAGCUGGACGCCUGGGAAGCCCUGUUUAGUUAUGUGACAGUCUGUUAUGUUACUGUCGAAUGUUUUUACUGUGGAUACUUUGGCGUAAAAAAAUCGAAUUUGUCUUUUUCACUUACCCAGCUAGGCAGCACCACAGGUUUAUUUAGAAAGUAACCCCUUUAUUUAUGUUACUGUUGUAAAAAGACAUGUUUACUGAAAGAUGAGUAGAAUCAGUUCAGUAGGAAGACCAGCUAGCUUGUAAAGCUACCUACACACGGACGCAAUAACUCCAGCCCAACAUUGUUGGUCCAACAAUGUUGCGUGUUGUUGCGGCUGUGUUGCAGUGGUGUGCAAACGGAUGCAACAACUCCCAACAUUGUUGCGCCAACAAUGUUGCGUGUUGUUGCGUCCGUGUUGCAGUGGUGUGCAAAUGGACGCCACAUUCACCAUCCAACAAUGUUGGGAGUUGUUAGCCCGCAAUGUUGCGUCCGUUUGCACGGGGCUUAAAGUUCACCGGUCCUUAAAGGCGUUAUGUCGCGUGAUUUUGGUUUUGGGUAACUGGUCAGAAAAUUGACUGAAAUGUCAAAAUAAAAAAAAAAAGUAAAAACGGAUUUCACUCAGAUGAACUUGAAAAAUACCGCCUCCCGUUUCCUCAGAUCAUCUCAAUUUGUAUGAAACGCCUUAUGAAACAGUGAUUUUGUCAGUGAAAGAUUUUGCUGCGCUAACAAAAAUCUUCAGCAGACUCUGCGAAAGUACUAUGACCCAACCCCACCACUGCAGGGAUUGAUUGUCUUGCAGUCAUUUGUGGCAAUUUCUGUUCUCGUUAAUUUCAAAACUGCAUAUUUCUUUUGUUUCUUUACUGAUCCGUUUAUUUUAUUGCUUAUUUUUUUGCAGAAUACGCAGACCUUGGAUGAAUUUCUCAAGGAUCGUGGUGGCCAACAGACCUUCAGGCCGGGUUUUGGGGAAACGGUUGACGAAGUUGAUGAAAUAACAAUUCCAAAAGGGUAACUUAAAACAGAUUGAAACCUUGAAUUAUUUAUUAACCAAGCAGAUCAAGUGAAUACGUUUGCCAUAGACCUCAGAAAAAAAGAAAUGUUCGUUUUUGGGUUGAUUCCAGCUUUUCAGCCGGCAAGUAAGCUAUCCUUUGGGAGAGUCGCGAGAAGUCUCGCGAUAGCAGCUCUCGCGCGCGUUCUCUCGCGACUUGUUUCGGUCGCCAUAAAUGGAGAGCUUGUUCGCAGGCUGUUGACUUUUUAAAUGUGGCUGAAUGUAAUUUAGGCAAGGUUAAUCUCGAGGUAAUGCUGCCAGCGGUCUCGCCCAGUUUGCACAUGAUCCGUGGGGGCGCCCCUUUGGAGUUGGCAGGGGCAAACUACGUACAGCCUUGCUUGCUAGCGAUCGUUGCGAUCACUGCUUCUUGGAGCGAAUCUUUGCGGAUUCAUUAGCCCCACCCUCCCUUCCCAGAGGGCUUCUCGAUUGCUGAGGUAAGUAUCGGGUUAGGUAAGUAUUUCCACUGGACUAGUUUCAGUGUGACGGUGCCUGUUAGCGGCUGCUACUGUCAGUGUACGUUUGAAGUAUGUAUCCUGGUGAUUUGAAAGAACAGAACCAAUCAUAGCCGUGCAGACUUGAAUGGAAAAAAAAUGCAGCUUCGUUUUCAUCUUUGCCACAGUUUCCAAGGUCAGGGUCACUCUAUGAUCUUGGUCAUGUCUCCUGGGGCCAGGGUGUUUUCAUAAUCAAGACAAACAUGUCAUUUGCGGUCGAAAAUUAGGACUUGAUUUCUUUGUUCUCUCUGCGUUGUGGCAAAAAAGAAUUUUUGAAGUUUGCUAAAGGGCUGUGUCACGAAAUUUAUGAUAAUUCAAACACUGGUGACUGCCACCAAAGUGAAUGAAACAUAAAAAUAACUGCGCAAAGCGUUUAUGGAAAGUAUAAAUAACACAGCAAAUACAAAUGGAGAAACGGAUGGACAAAACUUAAAGAAGAUUGAAGCGGAUUGAAAUUGUGUGGGAUCUUUUUUUGAAAACUUGUUGGCCUAACGAUUUGUCAAAGCUCAUUUUUGUAGUUUGUUACGUUUGAUUUUUAAAUCAAACGUAACAUGCUUGGGAGACAUAUCUGUUGGACUUGCAGUUCAGAUUUUGUCGUUUAUAAGUAAUUUCUCAAUUUCCAUAGCGAAUGAGGGCGCGUAAUUGGCAUUAGUGAGUUUACGCAACAGUACGGCAGAAAGAAGAGGACAGCAAAACGCUUGUGUGUGACAAACGUGACAGGGCUAUUACUUACGUUUUGUAUCGUGAUCUUCACUUAAAUUAAUGUUUUCUGGUCUUUUUCAAAAACAUUUGUUUAAAGGAAGGUGAAGUUUGACGGAAAUUGUUUUCGAACAAAAUUUUUGUCACGCUUGUCUCGCAAGGUUUGCCGUCUUUUUUCCUCUCCCGUCCUGUUGCGUAAGCUUACUGUUGUAUACACAAUGAACCCGACAGUGGUGACACAAUACCACUAACUUGCAUGAAGGCACUGAUUGUCAUAACCUCCAAGCAAAUUAUUUCUCUCGUUUUUUUUUAAUUGCAGCAAAUUUGAGUUUGUUCCUCCACCGCCGGGCUGGAGCCAGCAUGAAAUGGAAGCACCAUUUGCUAUUCCACCUCAUUUACAAGGAGAUGUGGCCCAACUGGAAGCCAGCUACGCGGGCGGCUUGAAUACUAUGUUUUCAUUUUCACCAGUCACUGCUCCUCCACCACAAAUUGACUUAAAAGCAGUCACGGAUUAUGUCAGCACGUAAGUGACCUUUCCUUCCUCCAUAGCAUUACCAUAGUCUGAUUCUUAGCCCGCGUAGAAUGGCGGUUUGUCGGGAUCACUUCUGAUCGGCGAAGCCGCAAAAACGCGCUCGCGGACGAGCGGCGAAGCGGCAAGCUAAAUUUGCUCUUGCCCCAAUCUCCCUGCGGUUCCUCUGCCCUCGCCCGCUUUUGUUACUUUGCGCGCCCAACCAAAACCGCCAUGCUACGCAGACUAUCUGAUUCUUUUCUUUUCCUACUUCUUGACCUGAGUCGCCAUUUGUUUUUAUAAGUCUUAUUUUGAGGGAAGAAUAUGUUUGUGGUGUCGCUGGUGAUGUUUUUCAUGAUGAUGGUGAUGAGGUUAAUGACCGUGGUGUUGUUGAUUACGAUGAUCACGAUGAUAGCAAUGAUGGUGAUAAUGUUGAUUGCAAUGAUGGCUGUGACUUUGGUGAUCACGGCAAUAAUAGGGACUUUAAGAUUCAGCGACGCGACGGCAACGAGAACGUCUUAAAAACAAUAGGUUUAAUAAGAAAAACAACAGCUUUGCACGUUCAGCACGAUUUUUUGUUCAUUUCUUUGCCGUUUUUGCACUACCACGACGUAAAAAUGCCUAAUUUCGUGUUUUACGGAGAACGUAAACAAGCAACGACGAAAUUUUGUUUCGCUUUCUGAACUUGAAUAUUGCCCCCUGGAAUUCACAUUCAGAAGGGUUCGCUUACAUUUGACGAAGUAAGUAAAUAGGAAUAAUCGCGAUAAAGAUUAAAAGAACGUAAAUUCACUUUUUAGGCCACGUUCUCGUUGCUGUCGCGUCGUUGGAUCUUAAAAUCCCUAUUAGUGAUUUAAUACUUUGUCGUCUUCAUCAUAAUCAUCAUCAUCAUCAUCAUCGUCACUGUCAUCACCAUGGUCAUCAUUACUUUCAUCACAACUGUCAUCUUUAUCAUCGUUAUCAUCAUCCUCUUCAUCAUCAUCAUUAUUACCAUUGUUUUCGUCAUAACCAUCAUCAUUACCAACAUAAUCACUAUUAUUAUCGCCAUCGUUAUCACGACAUUACCAUCGGCAUCGUGAUAACCAUUAUCAUUGUCAUUAUUGUUAUUAUUGUCAAUGAUCAUCGUCAAAAAACCCCCUUAUCAUCAUCAUCAUCAUCAUCAUCAUAAGCAUCAUCAUUUCUUUUUUUUCAUAGAAUGUUACAGGAGAUUUUGCGAGCAAACGGACCUCUGGAGCUGGCGGAUCCCAACAUUAUGCAACCACUGAGCAUGUUGCCAGACAAUUACCAGGACAUUAUAUCUAACGCUGGCGGCCUCAGGCCUAUCUUGGAACAAUCCGGCAAAUUUGUGUUCGACGGAAACAGAGUUAUGCUUCCAGAGGAUAAAGACUUUGAAGAACUCGUUCAAGAUCUUAAGCCAAGCACUAAUAAUCCUUUCCUUGAACGAAUUAGUGAAUCAGAUAGUGAUACUAGAAAUUUAGAAAAUGCUAUCCAAGAUGCAAAAGCAAUUUGGGACGCAGAUUCAGUGAUGGAGACAGAUGAGUUUGCUGGAGAAUUGAAUUUUUCUUCGUCUUCUUCACAGUUGUCUCACACAUUGUCGUCGCCUCCUUUUAAUCCUGAAGCUAAGGAGUUUGUUCCUUCGUCGUCGCAAACGUUGUUGGAUAAUAGUUCAUCAAAGACGUCUUUAGUUAGCAAUGGCAGCAAUGUAAAGGAUGUUGAAUUAGUUGAUGAUCAAAUCGCUGAGGAGGGCAAUACUAACAUUCAAGAAUCUGAGUCUGUUGAGAAUUGUACGGAAGAACACAGGCCAGAUUCAAAUGGCGUUGAAGAUGACAAAACGGUUUCAAGUGAUGCUGGAGAAAACAAGAGUGUUUUAAAUGGCAGUGAGGAGCAAAAACCAGUUUUGAGUGACGCCGAGGAGCUUAAAGCUUUUUCUAAUGGUAACGAAGAGUUAAAACCAUUUUCUAAUGGCAGCGAGGAGCUCAAACCAAUUUCUAAUGGCACUGAAGAAACCAGACCUAUUUCUAAUGUCACUGAAGAACUCACACGUGUUUCUAAUGGUGUUGAAGAACAGAAACCAGUCUCUAAUAGCAUUACUGAGCAGAAACCAGAUUCGGAAAGUACGAAAGAUUUUGAGCUAGUUGGAAAACGAUCUGAAGCUGGUCCCAUUGUGGAUAGUUAUGAUAAUGACGUCAAAACGAUCGGUGGAACUGAAAAACAAAAUGAAAAUGCCUUGACGGAUAAUGAUGAAGUUGCGAAAAAUGAACCGGUAGCCGUUGGAAGAAAAAAUUCUGAUGAUUCAUCCGGGAAUAUGUCUCGUGUUACUUUCACUGUGGAACAAGCAGGGAAGAAUGUCGUUCCUGAAAUAGCCGGUCCAAAGGUGCAGUCCACUCACAAGCGAACAGGCAGUAACAACUCUUCUUCGAGUGAACAGUCAGUGAUUACAAGCAAGACAAAAUCGGUUCAGACCCAGCCAAAUGUGAAACACAAAGGCGUAGGAACAGAUCCCAUCCCUGAACCAUUUAAAGCUGAGUAUCAGCGAACUUUGGCUGAAAAAGACUCGCUACAGGCCAGGCUGCAGGAAACUACGGAGAGACAUAAUGCUUUACUAAGUAAAAACUCGGCAGAGGUUGAAAAGGUUAAGAAGAAGCUGGCAGAUGCUUUGCAAGACAAAGAGGUAUGAAGCUGUUGUUUCAACAUAAGACUGCGAGAAGUCUCCCUUUUUGUUCAGAUUUUCUGAAGGGAGUGUACGCGCGCGCGCCGACUCGAGAAACGAAGGCUGUAGCCCGAGGAAAACAGACGUUUUUCGUGCCUCUCCCUACUCUCGCCUUUUGUGUCGCGCGUCGGCAUUUUCGUGUCUUGCUUGUUUCGGUCGACGGACUAAGAAAACCAAGAAACUGCUCGUAGAGCAAAUCCAGUGAAUGAUGUAUAAAUUUGGAGUUCAAGAGAGUUGUCUUCAACUCUAUGAAUCUAACACACUAGAUAGUAUCUGACACUGGUAUUGAUUAUAUUUGUGUUACUUAGGAGGGCACUUACGAUUCAAAAUUGGACGGCCAGACGGCCCAGUCAGGUGAAAUCGAACUAGGCUCAGUUUCUCGAAUUUUCACAAGAACACACCGCCAUGCAUGCUAUGUAGGGUCUUGGGAAGCUAAUGACUUUUAUUAGCUGGGAGGAAGGUUACUUGAGACAGAAAAAUUAGGUGGCUGUGAAGUGCAGCUUUGAGGUAGUAAUCCUCUAAUUUGCACACAACCCUACCUCAGUUUCUCAAAGGGCAGAUAGUGGUUUUGAGGUUGUGUGCGAGACUGCACCACCGCGGUGUACUGUAUAUUAUUGUUUUAUUUUUGGUUUGGUUGUGUGAAGCUCUUUCGUUAGCUGCAAAAUUUGUACUUUUAAUGCUGUUUUCAUCUUCUUUGUAGAAAUACUACAAGGAAGUGCAAGACAUAAAACAGAAGAACUCAGAGGAAAUACGAAAACUGCGCCAGCAAUGUGAAGACAAAGAAGAAAAAAUCAAACUUUUAAAUCAAAAGAUGCUGCAAUCUACGGACGAUAAGUAAGUAUACUCAAUGCCACUGAAUAUUUAAGCUGUCGAUAUGUAGGCUAUGUUAUUUAUACCUAUCAGUCUCUCUCCCAUGUUGUAACCUUUCUUCUUUCAACGGUUGUGAUUGGCGGAAAGAGGUCGCGCCACUUUUUUCAGCCAAUCGGGAGUAAGAACGAAAACCAGGUUCCAAUCCCGCCUUUAUGAUCGGCGUCUCUUUUUCGUUUCAUUUUCGAAAUGCUUCACUUGCAUGUCCCUUGGAAUGUGGUUGGCUUGACUGAAAAGCAAUUUCCAUUAACUAGAACGACGAGAAUUUUAAGGGGGUUUGUGUGUCUUUGUGUUUGGUGGGGGGAUUAUCAUGGUUGUUUAUGAGACGUCACAGGGAUUACUAAACGUAAAAUAAGUAAGAAUUCUGGUAGAAAUAGUCAAAUGGUGAAUAGCUAAUGUUCCUACCUCGGAUGAUAUAACUGGCUUUAUGAUGCUCCAAUGAACACUGCUCCUUGUUAAAGACAAACCACUAACUUACUAUUUUGAUCGCCCCUGAAAAUAAACUGGAUGUUUCGUUUUCCUUCUUCAGAACCAGUGCUGUUAACAACCUCAAGAAAGAACUUGCCACUUGUAAAGGCCAAUUCUCAGCAGAAAAGUAGGUUCUUUUUGAAAAGAAGAAAUUAAGAAAUGUGUAAAACUUGAGUGAAAAAUCGACUGAAGAAACUCCUUUUAAAAUAUCUCUCUCUAGGGAUUCUUGGAACAAAGAACGCUCUGAAAAGGAAGAUUUGCUUAAGAAUAUGAAAGUUCAACAUCAACAACAACAGACUAGGGCCCAAGACGCCGAGGUAAUUUUGUUUGUAAUCUGGAAACUGCUCAGUAAUCUUCAGAUGGUCACACAGACUGAAGUUAGAACUACCUUGUACAGUAUAAUAAACAGUAACACAGGAAAGUACUGCUCAGUUGCUUUCAUUUGAAUGGUCACACUUUAGGAUUUCAUCCACAGACUCACAAGUUAGAACCACCUUGUACAGCAUAAUAAACAGUACCACAGAGCAUUACCGCUCAGAACCUUUUAUUUGAAUGGUCACACUUCGAAAAGAACGCGGUGCUCUUGCCCUUAUGGAGUCAUUUUUUUAUACAGGCAUGUUUUUUAUUUUUGUGCAUUAAACUGCUCGUUAAUCUUUUGUCAGAUCAAGCUUUUGGAGCUUCGUCGAGACGUUGGGUUGCGGUUCCUGGAAAGAGCUUAUCAAGAAUCCCACAUUACCAUCAACAACCUUCUACAGGCUGUAAAUGCCAGGUUUGUUGCUUAAUCACAUUAAUUACAUUUAUAAAACCAGGACUUUAGCACCAUAACAGUUUAGCCAAUUUUAUUUAUUUACUUAGGUUCGCCAAUUCUUGGCAGGGUCACCGCAACAGCGCAUGUCGCCAAUUACUGCGGGCCCGUUUUUUUCUUUGAUUGUGUGUUGUCCGAGGGCUAUAAAUUGCAUCGUCCGGUGUAUUCUACCUCGGUGAAUUGUUAAAGAUGAAUUUUGUUUGCUUUGUAACAGAAUUGCAGGUCCAAAAGUGGAAGAAUUAAUUAAUACUUGGAAGAAUUAUGCAGCGGAAUGUCAUCAAAGGAUAUUACAAUGCAAGGUAAAACGAGGCUAGGUGCAAAAACCUUUCUUGUGAAAUUGAGUUAUAUUUGCAUGAGAAUGAAAAGGCAUUUUCAUAUCAAUAGCUUCGCACUUAGCCUCUCUUUGAAACUGAGGCUUUGAGCAACUCGGAAAUAGAGUACUGGAGUGCUAUGCCUUGGUAUUGAGAAUUAAUCAUCAUCAUUAUCGUUAAGAAGGUUGAAGUGGUUCACGUUGUUUGUAACCUGCGACCAAUUGCUAUCGUUAUGCGUUUUCAGUAGUUGCUUCCACGUGAGCACGAGUUCCGCCUUCAGCUAUACCUAAGUAACUCACGCAAAUUAUUAGUGAUGUGCAAUUGUUUGACAGGACGAGCUACUGCUUCUUCCUCACCGUGUUUACUUUUCUCGUAGACUACGUUUAAUGAACAGAUAGAGCAACUGAAGACUGGCAGGACCCUUGCAAGUGUUCCUCAGCUGACUAUCCCGGGUCCACCUCCUUAUCCAGCCAUUCCAGUUUUACAGUCUGUGGUAGGUUACCCUUGAGACUUGUACAAUCAGAAAUCAACGUAAAAUGUACAAUAGGACAUCGUAGAAUUCAUGUUGGGAAACAAUGAAUAAGCAUCGGCUAUGAUGCGAAAUCAGAUUCCAUUUUCCUGAUAGCACUGCAGAGAGAAUAGCCUCGUCAAGAGGGGUUCUUACAGUGCCGAAAAUCCUUGUUUUGGACCCCAACGAAUAACUAGAAGUGUCUCGAAUGUCCCUUCAACCUGAUUGGCAAAUCAGACAAUGGCUUUUAACAGGUCGAUCAUGGCGCGCACUCAAAAUCCUGGUACACAUCUGGCCCCAGUUGUACAAAAGGUGGAUAACGUUAUCCACCGGAUAAAUCACUAUCCACUGGAUAGCGCAAUUAGUUUCCCUAACACUUAUCCGUUGGAUAGUGAUUCAUCCGGUGGAUAGCGCUAUCCAACGCGACCCAGAACAAGGAUUUCGGCGCUGACUCGCAGAGGGUCUCAACCAGAGAUUUAGACAAUAGGGCCAUUUAUGCGAGGAAAAAUAAGACGCGUCUUACAUAAGAUUCGUCUUAAAUGAGACGCGAACUGUACCAUUUAUACGAGCAUGUCUUAUCUAAUAAGACGCGUCUUAGCUAAGCCGCGUCUUAUUUCAGACCAAAUGUGCCGUUUAUACGGAAAGUUCGCGUCUUAUGUAAAACGCGUCUUAUUUUUCCUCGUAUAAAUGGGCCUAAUGUUCACACUAUACCGGACAACUUUUACGCCGGCCCGAAAACCAUAGCGGAUAAGGCUUCUGUUCAUUCAUAAAGACACUGGUUUCGGCGCGAUUUCUGUAACGGAGCGAAGCUGUGCCGCGCUUAUCUCGAAAUUGGAGGGUCACAUACUUUACCGGAGAGAUUUUCGUGUGGACACAAAAAGCUUUCCUUUAAAGUUGGAACAUAGCCUUAGUUUUCGUCUGCGGAUUGGACUAGAGGACUUCUCCUGCUCUAAGUUCUUUUCAAUUGACAGUUGACUUAUACCUGCCAACUUUUUUUAAAUUUAUGGUUGACAUUUUCAUCCUGAGAGAGCCAGGAGUUUUCGUAGGGGUCCAAUAAUAUCCGAAGACGUUCCAAAGUGUUUCGUCUAACAUGAAAACGGGAGCACCAAGGAACACGACCUCGUCUCCAUUGACUUUCCCUAUUAAAGUAAGAGAAUUCGGAGAAAGUCAACCAUUCACAUGGACUUUUCUUUUCUCUCAUUGGUUCCAGUUUCUUUAAAUAAUUAAUAUAUUUUUCAAAAUGUGUCAGUUAGCGGUGUAAUGGCUCAAACAUUUCUACCAGGCGUGAGUAGGCGUGAGAACGAAGUUUUCGAUCCCCAAUGGUGACAUUUGGAAUCUAUAGUUGACCUUGUGUCUUUUCAUCCAGGUGCCAGGACAACAGCAGCAACAACAAAACCAACAACAGCAACAACACCAGCCCCAGACCCAGCCCCAGCCCCAGCUUCAGCCCCACCCCAGCCACAGCCCCCUGUGGAAAACAAGGCUCCACUUCCCAGAGCGACUGACCCUCCCCUCCCUAAUGUACCUGCUAGUGCUAUUGGCGCAGUCGCGGGUCCCUCCUCAGUUGGACCUGUUCCUGGCAAUCCUCAUGCUGCUGUUGGCGGAGAUAAAACUGCCAUUGCUGCCGCUACCGCUGUGGUUGACAAAGCAAGACCUUCCAACAGCUUUGAAAAAAUUAUGCUACGUCUAUCCACCAUGUAUCCGAAUUUUACCCGGUAGGUAGACGAUAUCAUUUACUCUCGGCUACUCUGUAUAGUAGAAUAAACAACACCACAGGUUUUGCUCGGUCGCUUUUAUUUGAAUGAUCACUCGAAGAUUUCACCCACAGACUCGAAAGUUAGGACCACCUUGUGCAGCAUAAUAAACAGUACCACAGGAAAGUACUGGUCAGUAGCUUUCAUUUGAAUGGUCAGACAUACACAGACUCCAAAGUUAGGACCACCUUGUACAGCAUAAUAGACAGUACCAAAGGAAUCAUGAUACUGCUCAGUAGCUUUCAUUUGAAUGGUAACACUUUAGGAUCUCAUCCACAGACUCAAAAGUUAGAACCACCUUGUACAGCAUAAAGAGUAUCACGGGAAAGUACUGCUCAGUAGCUUUUAGAAUCUUGUACAGCGUAAUAAACAGUACCAAGAAAAAGAAAUGUUCAAUUGAAACACGUCCAUUUCUAAAAGCAAUGUUAAACGCUCCCUAAUAUAGAUAAGAUAUACUGAACCCUCUUGAUUCGUGCAGUCUUAUACAAAGUUCGAUUUACACAGAAAAACUGAACCACAUCUGAAAUGGACGCCGCUAACCACUGGUGUCUCCCUUAUCGAGUUUUUUUUUUUGUCUUGUCCUUUUUUUUUUCGUUUCAUGCUUUUCUCUUUUUUUCCAAAUAAUUUGCGUUCUUCUUGUUUUCCGUUUGUGUGCUUUUAGUUUGGAAUUGACGGGCUUUAUUAAGGAAGUGCGACAUAACAAACAUGGUUCACUUACGGGCCUGUCUCUUGAGGAUAUCGUAGCGAGUGUGUCUGAGCUGGUAGAACAGAAGAUAAAGGUAUGUUCAUAAACUUCGCUAGCGUACGCUGCUUUUUGGCAAUUUCAACACUUAACGAACGAUCGCAGAGGUGAUUCAAAUAGCAAGAUAGCUGCUUGAAACUCUAGAAAAACACUAGAAAAAUACAGAAAAGCCAGAAAGGGGCGCGGAGGAGCAAAGCUGUAGGAGAUUGAAACGGAUUGCAUUUAUUUAAACUUGGAAAGCAGUGACCUCCUUUUCAAGUUUGUCUCAAUGUGUAAGAGGGUGUAACAUGUAGUGCUUCACUUUGGCAUUCCAUCCAAUGAGACUCAAUACACAUAAAUUAUUUUUCCGUCAGUUCUCAUACAUCGCUUCGUUUACUCAAGAAUAAGAAAGAGUAUUGGUAGUGUUGUUUUUCCUUGUAUUCGCUAAUCCCAUCUCUGUUCUCCUGAGAAUUCAUUCACUAUAACAUUUUAUUUUUAUCUGAAGGCUGGCUUAUUGCGCCCCGGGCCUGUCGCACCGAACACUACCCCCGCAACACAACGACCGCUUAAACCUACCAUGAUGGCGCAGAACAUCCAACCAGCACAGGCAGUCCAAUCUGCCAUGCUAGGAGCGCCGGAAAUGCUAAAAAUGAUCCCUGGUAGCCUAGGUUACGAAGAAGAUCCGUGCGUUAUUUGUCACGAGGACAUGAAUGCUUCUAACGAUAUUGUUACCUUGGAGUGCGGCCACCGAUACCACUCACCGGUAAGAAUAACCUUACUAGUUUUUCGCUAGAUAGUCCACACUGUAAAGACAGGUAACCAAGUGACGUGCGAUGUGGCGCUGUUUCGAGUUGAUCGGGCGCCAAGCAUUCUAAGCUCAUGCAAUAUCCAUCAACCAAACCAUUGGCGAAUCUAGGGGAUAGUGCCCGGGCCCCCUCCUUAUUCUUAGGCCAACUGAAAGCCACCAAGGGACGAGAAAAAUUGUUUUUAGGGAGUACCCUCUCCUCUCUUAGCGUUUGGGCACUAUGGUUUGCAUGAGGAGGCCUCCAUCUUACUUCACGAUCUGAAUCCUCCAUCGCAAACUCUAAUUUCCAGGUUGCAAACAUCAGCCCUGUAAUAAUAUGGUAAUGAGCGCUAGACUCGUCUGAAAAGUAGUGUAGCAUUCCGUUCCUACCUUCUAACAUACAUGAUAACGCUGAUUUUAAAAAACUUGUAAACUCGGAUAUUUGAAAGCUUAAGAUUCGAGGACGACUACGAGUACGAAAUUUUCUCAGAUUGAAUAAUAAGUGGUGCACGCGCGUGAACCAGCGUCAUUUUGGCGGGAAAACGUGUUAGCCGUCGUCAUUCUACAAGGAGUUUUAGCGAGAAUGUCGUAGUGGCGGGAACAAGUUAUCAAAUGUAAGAAGUUUUAUCAUUCUGCUAUCGGGAGAGGGCUUAAGCUCCUUCAGUACAAAUAACCUUAGUGACGUUUUUGGUGAUAAAAAAGUUAAAUGAAGCUUUCGGGGUGUCUUAGUUUUAGAACACGUGCAAAAACUUUCAGUAAAAUCUCGUACUCGAGCUCGUCCGUAAACCUGGUCUAGAGUAAUAAUGCUGUUAACUUGUUUGUCUUAGUGUAUCCGAAAGUGGCUGCUUGGUGAGCAAAGUACUUGUCCAACUUGCCGUGUGCAUGCUCUUCUUCCCGACGAAUUCCCUCGUCUUAAGUAAUAAUGAUUAUUGUUCAUUGAAGAGUGAAGAAUAUUGGUCUGUAAAGAAAGUUUGGUAACACACCUCUAUACAGGAAUACAACAACUUGGAUUCAUCCUCUGCCCUUUAUUGGUGUGUCACGCGUUGAAAGAAGAAUUGCGCGACGUUAAUGUGUUACAAUGUCACGUAAUGCCACAUAUAUUAGCGUAAGAUAAGUGAAGAAGAAAAUGUGGUAUAUUUAUUAUCAGGAAACGCAAAAGCUUAAAGAUGUUAAGUACUGUGGAUGAAGAUUAAAAUUAUGACAGUGAUAUUUAUAGAGAAUAACAAGAUUAAACUUUUGGAGUUAAUUUACAGUGGCGGCUUUCAGACGAGAUAAUCCCGCAAAGAUAAUUUCGACACAGCAUGAUUCGGAAGAGUCAUAAAGAAUUUUGUAGCAAUUCGAUUAAGUAACCUGGGACCAAAAAAAUUCUGUGAUAUGUUUUAUUGCUUUUAUCAAGGAACUUAAAUAGAGCAACCUAUAAAACUGGUUUUUCUUGAAAAUUGAACAUUAUUACCCAAGUAAUUAGUUCAGUAUCUUUAAGUCCAGUUAAUUACUUUUUUAGGAAUUAUUUUUAAUAAACUUUAGAGCGAGCUG